AUGAACAUCGAAGACCCACUGUCUCUAUUCAACGUUCAAAAAAGGUACCUUCACGAGAGGCUCAAGGAAAUCACCUCCAUAGGAGGUCUUUUCGCCUUGGUGCUCGACAAGCAAACUGAAGCGUUGCUACUUCGACUUUUCUCCAAAGAUGCUUUGCUCAGAAUCGUCACUACCAUUGAACAGAUUGACGCCCCACGAAAGCUCCAGCUGUUUCUUCUGGCCAUUUAUUUUCUCGAGCCUCUGGUGUAUAAUCUCAAUUGCAUCCUGGCCGACGUGAAGGUAAAAAGGUAUAAGAUGGGUCACGCCUUGUUUAUUCCGUUCACCCAAUGGGAUACGGAGCAAAUAAGGUACUUUCAGUCAUCGAAAUUCUUGGGCAAUCCUGAUACGAUGAGGUAUUUCGGCGGUGACGGCUCUACUGCUACCUAUAUUCAAGCGUCCAUGUUCCCCUUGGAAUCAAGAGUUUUUCUCACAAACCAUAUCCCAUACAACUCAAUGCCUGUUUACUAUAAUGACAAUUGCAGUGAGAUGGUCUUGCCGCAGAUUAGGAAAGCGGCGAAAGCCAUCGUGAAUGCAAUCAUUGUGGCCGAGGAAUACCCUCUCAUACGAUUCUACGCACUGCCUAAGGCCACUCACCAGGCAGCUCGUUUACCAGAACUCAUAGCAGACGAAGUACAGCGCCAGCUUGACGAUUACCUCCGUGCCAACACGGAUUACCCUCCAAAAUCGGCUUUGGAGAAACAAAGAGCCAUCCUUUUGAUCACUGACAGAUCCAUGGAUUUGUUUGCUCCACUUUUGCACGAAUUCUCCUACCAAGCAAUGGCAAUGGACAUAGUGCAGAGUUUGGAGAGAGAGCGUAUCUACAAGUAUCAAGCUGAGAAUGAGAAGGGAGAGCAACAGGAAAUGACGUCUGAUUUGGAUGCCGAGGACGACGAACUUUGGACAUCUCUUCGUCAUAUGCACAUUAUUGAAGCAUCUGAGGUUAUCAUCAAUCGUAUCAAUGAUCUUAUCAAAAACAAUCCAAUGAUGGUUGAUCGUUCGAAAGCAAAGACCUCAUCUGACUUGAUGUACGUUGUAGCUCACUUGCAUGGGUUUGACGAAGACCGUCGUCAAGUUACUUUACACAAAACAUUGAUUGAUGAGAUCUUGGAUAUCAAUGCAAAGAGGAAAUUGGCGGAGUUUGCAGCUGAUUUCGAACAAACCUGCUGCGCCGAGGGCACCUCUUUUGAAGGCAUUCAUAAUAAAAAAUUGCAUGAAGAUUUGAUUGUCUUGCUUGCUCGUGAGGAUUUGCAUGUCAAUGACAAAAUGAGACUUGUCUUGAUUUACGGACUUUACAGAGGUGGACUCUGUGAGAGUGAUUUUGUGAAGCUUGCCAAGUUCAUUGGCGUUAAGAACACUCAGAUAGUAUCACUUGUGCUGAGAUGUUUUUACAACCUCUACAAGCUUGACUUUCCUAUAGUGAAGAAAACCCCCAAGGACAAAAAAGUCGAUAGGCAAUUUUUCCACACCAUCAACAAUGAGGGUACUUAUAAUACAUCAAGAUUCGCCCCUGGUCUCAAGAGAGUUCUAUACAAUGCUGCAAAAUACGAAUUGGAUGAGGACUGGUUCCCCUACUUUCGUGAUAAACCCAUUGCAGAAGAUGUACCUAAAGGGAACGGUCUUAACGCUGGUUUGGAUAAAAACAAUUCCAUCAGAAAUCCUCGUGUGAAGGCAUCAUGGGCACCUUCGGCAUCGAGACAUGGAGCGAGUCAUAAGAGCUCGAAGAACAAACAAAGGAUCUUCUGCUACGUGGCUGGAGGAGUAACUUACUCUGAGAUGCGGCUGGCAUAUGAGCUCUCGCAAGCGCUCGACAAGGAUUUCUACUUGGGGUCAGAGACUGUGCUCAAACCAAGGGACUUUUUGAUUGGUCUUCAAGACAUUGACCAAGUAAAGCAGCCCGAUCUGCUUGAGAUCCCACUUUAUGACGAGAUCACCCGCCCUCGUACGCGGGCGCCAUCAUACUUGUUCGACGUUCCGAAGCCGCCGUCGCAGCCAAGUACUACUGCCAACUCGCGGCCCGUACUGAGCACACAUAGUCAUACUUCGAAGCCGUCAGCUCCACUGAACAUGUCGCUGUCUGGGCUCGGAAGCAGCAGUCCAAACCCUGAAUUGCCACCAGAUGUGAUUGGGAAAAAUACGCCGCUGCACUAUCAGAAACGGACUAGUCAGUAUACGACGGAUCUAAGCGGAGAAAACCGCACGAGCGAAAAAAAGCCGUCUAGAUUAAGGAGAUUGUUCAAGUGA